AUGAUAUCAAACUCUCCAGAUGCUUUCCAUCAUACAAGAAUGAUGCAGCUGCAGCUCAAAUCAUCAAAUGCCAAAUUACAACAAAUGGAACAUAAAUCACAUAAUAAUAUUGUAUCAGAAUAUCAAUUAAAUAUGUUGGAACAUUUAUUAUCAAUUGAAUUAAAUACUUUACCAAACUUAUUAUUAAUAGAACAACAACCAGAAAUCAAAAUAAGUAUGAGACCGUUAUUGUUGGAUUUUUUAAUGGAGGUUAUAACAAUUUUAAAUUUAUCAAGAUCAACAUUUCCCUUAACAGUAAAUUUAAUUGAUAGAUAUUGUUCAACUAGAAUUGUUAAAAAGCAACAUUAUCAAUUAUUAGGAUUAACGAGUUUAUGGAUAAGUUGUAAAAAUUUAGAUUCAAAAUUCAGAAUUCCAACAUUAAAUGAUUUAAGAAAAAUCUGUGUUGAUUCGUAUAAUAAAGAAUUAUUCAUAGAAAUGGAAAAACACAUAUUAAAAUCAUUAGAAUGGCAAAUAAAUAGUCCAACUUUUGAUUCAUUUGUUGAUGUAUUUUUAAAUUUAUUAAUAUCAACUGGUGAUACAAAUUCAUUAAUUAUAAAGAAAAAUUUUCAAAAAAUUAGAAUUUCUUCAUAUUAUUUAGGUGAAUUAUUUCAAUUUUAUCCAAAUUUAUAUUUUGAAUAUUCUUCAUCACAAAUUGCUAUAUUAGCAAUAAUGUCAAGUAUAUCAACAUUGGUAUUACCAAUAAAUAUUAUGAAUAUUUUAACAUUUUAUAAUUCAUUAUUAGAUAAUCAAACUAUAAAAUUAUCAAUUGAAAAUUAUCAACAUGUUUUUAAAUUAAUUAAAACUUUAGCAUUACCAAAUAGUAUACAACAAAAAUAUGGUAUUACCAAUAAUCAAUACAACAGUUCAAAUCAAAACAAUAAUGAUGGUUCAAAUAAUUUGAUUUUCAAUAACAACAAGAAGAAUAAUUUAACUAAUAGACAUUUACCACCAAAAACUCCAAAAGUAUCUAUGCCUUUGACCCCAGGACCAAGUCCAGAAGAGAAAAUUGAUAGAAAAAGACGCUGUGAUACUCAAAUGAUGGAUCAACUGAUGGUAAAUAAUAUGAACAUCAACAAUAAUAAUGCUCAUUCACAACAACAUCAACAACAAUAUGUAGAUCAUAACAAUCAUCAAUAUCAACACUCAAGAAAGAAGAGUUGUAUAAAUUCUGGAGUUAGAAUAUAG